AUGGUUUUAAUUGGUAAACGAGUACUGGCUGUCAUUUCUGGAGCUUCACGAGGAAUCGGCAAGGAAAUUGCUGUUCAGAUAUCGAAACAGGUAGCACCGAAUUCAGCCUUUCUUCUUACUGCUCGAAAUGAAACCGCUCUACUCCAAAUAAAGCAGGAUAUUCUCAAUAGCUCAGAAAAAGCUCAAGUGUGGAUAGUUGUGUGUGAUAUGGGAUCGUUAAAUAGUGAUGCAAUAAAAACCUUCACAGAAGUGUUGGAAGAGAUGAUAGCGUUGGGACCAUUCGAUAGUGCGUUCAUAUUUCAUAACUGCGGCACUGUGGGUGAUGUUUCCAAAAGAUGCAGUGCGCUAAGUAAUCCGGAACAGUGGCACAACUAUCUUAAUGUUAAUCUCAUCGCAAUGAUCCAAUUUAAUAAUCUGUUGCUGAGUUCAAUUACAGAACAGACUGCCGAUUAUCGAUUCGUUGUAAAUAUUACCUCCUUAUUGGCCAUUCAAGGAUUUCCAUCACUAACACAGUACUCGGUGGGAAAAGCAGCUCGCGAAGCGUUUUUCCGCGGGCUAGCCGUUGACGACGAGACGAUCAAGGUGCUCAGUUAUUCGCCUGGACCUGUUGAUACGGCAAUGCAUGACAUUAUAGCCAAAGAGCAAUUCAGGUCAUUUGAUGAGAAUAUACGAGCGGCCUUCUCUCGACAAAACACAGAGAGCCACGACGUUCAUCGUACAACGUUGACAACUACACAGACUGUAGUGAAGAUGCUUAAACAUCUUGAAGAGAACAAAUUUGAUAGUGGUUCAAGGAUUGACUACUUCGAUGAUGAAAACUCGUGA